CGCCAGUCACUGUUGGGCGCUCGCGCGGCAACCUUCGUCGUCUCGUCGUUGUUGUUGUCGUCGUCGCUCUCUGUCGUGUGUCCCCCUUCUUCUUCCUCUUCUUCUCUUCUGUACCGCAUUUUCUCUUUCUCUCUCUCUCACCUAGUAAACGUAUCGGCUCUGCGGAUUUCGAACUGGACGUACCUGCAGCAGCGCAGCCGAACGGAACAGUGUGCGCGUGUGUUAGUGGUGAUCUUACGUCGUCGGCUCUUCUGUACAUGAUAUAAUAUGAAUAAUACGCGCUGCCGGUCCUACGCCACCUACGCCGGCUGCUCGGCGAUGCUCGCGGCGCAGCAGCUCCAGAUUCUGCGCGAGUGACAUAACGCAACGCCAGCGCGUUGUACAGCUUACGAAAAUCUUCGCCGUCGUCCUCGAGAGAGAGAGAGAGAUAUAUACAUACGUAUACCGGAGAGUAGUGGUGUCUUCUAUAGUGUGUAAAAUCCAGUGUGCGCGUGUGUGAUGCCGCUGCGGCUCCUCGUCUACUGAGAGAGGGCUAUAAUAUAUAUCGAUACAGAGAGAGAGAGAGAGAGAGAGAUACACGAAAAUCUUGACGUACAAGUAUAGGUCGCACCUAUUGGCUGUAAAACCGAGGAUCUGCGACGUGUGAUGUUUGAUACGGAUACAGUGAGAGAGAUAAGGGUGCGCGUGUGUGCAGUUCUCGAUCCAGUGUGUGAUAUUCGGUGUGAGUUUCGCUGUGUCUCCGUAUAGUACACCUUCUACCGGCGUGUUCUCCGCGUGUGUGCAAGAGUAUAUAUACACACACACGCGCACACAGAAACACACGAGUACAGUGAGAGAAGACAACGAGCGCGCACGUGCAUUAUCAUCAUGCGCCGUUGCAAACUCGCCGGCCGCUGCUGCAGCAGCUUGUAGCGGAGAUCUCGCGUAUAUAGCAUAUAUAUAUAUAUAUAUAUAUAUAAAUAUAUACACCUGCACGCACACACAUCGCCCGGCGAUCUAUUGCCGCGCUGCGUACAGCCGAAAAGUGAAAGCGAGCCGAUUUUUUCGUUUCGAAUUAUAACACAUUGGUAUAUAUAUAUACGUACGUACAGUGAGGCAGUGCGAGUAUACUUAUAUAUAAAAAAAAUAUAGUAACAGAAGCAACGAGUCAAGUGUGCGCGGUUUUUUCCUCAUCGCAUCGUCAUCGUGUCAGUGUGCCGUGUGCGCGCGCUGUGAUAUAUCGAACGGAGAGAGUAUAGUAUCGCAAUAGUUAGUUCCUCGAGUUAUCAUCACACAGCGCAGUAUUCCCCCGACCGCAACCAUGGAUAUCCUGCCGAGUGGGAAUAUAUUCCGGGAGCUGCAGGACAUACACGACACCGGAUACUUCUCGGCCCAGCCGUCGCUCGAGGAUCAUUGGCAACAGACUUGCUACGAGAUGGAAAGGUACCUGAAGGACGAGCCGAAGCUACAGUCGUACAAAAAGCUCCCCACGGAGCUCGACACGGCACCGUGGAAUUUAUUCAGGGCACCGCAGAUCUGGACCGCCACCACGGGCACCACAAACGCACAAUUCGAACCCUCGAUCAAAAUGGAGGUGACGACGACAGCGGACGACAGAGAGACGCUCUGUCUGGAGGACAUAAAGCUGAGUCCGGGCGAUCACAGUCACAACGGCCGCGACAGGGAUCUGCUCGACCGGCACCUGGACUCGCUAUCGAUGUCGUCGGCGAGUUCGGCGUGUUCCGCCCUCUCCUGGGAUGGCUCGCCGUCCCUGUCCUGCAGGGCACUCAUCCUUAAAAAGGAGCCCAGCGAAGACCUCGAGGAGGAUGAGGAGCACGAGGAGGAGGAGGAGGAGGACAGCGGCUGCGAAGGCGAGGGUCAGAUCCUCACGCCGCCCUCGAGUCCAGAGUCCGGACAGGGCCACUCGAAUUCGAGUCACUCGUCGACCGGCAGCUCGAUGCUCGACGUCCACAAUCUCAACCUUCACGGCGCGAACGGCAGGAGCGCGAUCGUCAGGGUCACCACUGCAAACGCACAGAACGUCGCGAGAUUGAUCUCGGUAGCGACGAACGGCUUCCCAGCGGUGAGCGGCACGACGCAGCACAGCUCGCACGGCAGCGCGUCGGCGACGGUCGUCACGAGCGGCCACGUCAGCGUCAACAGCAGGCAUCACGCGAGGAGUCACGAGCACAGUCCGCCCGACACGAAGCGCAGGAUACACAAGUGCCAGUUCCCCGGAUGUAAAAAGGUCUACACCAAAAGCUCGCAUCUCAAGGCUCACCAGAGGACGCAUACGGGAGAGAAGCCAUACAAGUGCAGCUGGGAGGGCUGCGAGUGGCGAUUCGCUCGCUCGGACGAGCUGACGCGCCACUAUCGCAAGCACACCGGUGCCAAGCCGUUCAAGUGCCGGCACUGCGACCGCUGCUUCUCGCGCAGCGACCACCUCGCCCUCCACAUGAAGAGACACGUCUAACGCGUCUCUGCCAGCAGCAACAGCAGCAGCAGCAGCAUCCUUCCCCCACAUGCAAGCUCGACGACCUCGACUAACGACGACGAUGACUAGUAGCAGCAGCAGCAGCCCCAGGAGUUAUUCACGGGUUCAUACGCGAUGCCACGCGUCUGCGUUGUACCGAGCUAUAUAGCGCGAGAGAGUCGAGUUCGAGGUCGACGCAGGCCGAGAACCAGAAGACGCGCAAUGUACCGCGAGAUGUGUGUAUGUGUGCAUGUGUUUGCAAUUACGUGUGUGUUAUUAUGUAAUAAUAAUAAUUAUAGCUGAUGAUAUUUUGGCUAUACCGUCAGAGAGAGAGAGAGAGAGAGAGAGAGAGAGAGAGAGAGAGAGAGAGAAUGAGAGAGAGAGAGAGAGAGUAAAAGAGUAAGCGAGCCAAAGCAAGCUCAAAAGCGCGCGCGCGAUCCUGCUAAUGUGAUGGAUUGUUGUUCUUCGAAAAUCGUGUGUUUCUGUUAUGUAUCUCCAUUGUAGCUGAAGAGAGAGAGAGAGCGAUAUUCAGAUUUAACUAUCUAGAGCAGAGCAGAGAAAAAAAAUAAACAAAACACAAGUAGCUAGGACGAAAUGAUGAUUACGAUGAUAACUCUUUGUUGUGUGUAUCCCUCCGACAGAGACAUACGCGGUCGCAGCCGAUCAGAUGUUGACGGAAGGCGAACGCGCGAGCCGCGUCGACUUUGCGGGAGCGUCAAUCACUGCCAAUACAAGUCGCGCUGCUGAGCAGAGAGACUCGUCAAGACGAUGCUAUAAUAGAGAGAGAGAGAGAGAGAGAGAGAGAGAGAGAGAGAGUGCGAGAGCUGCGCGAGAGUGUCUUCGCGUCCAAUUUGCGAGAGCUGGGGAGCGAGAGAUAUAUGCCAAACGCGCGUCGCGCUAUGCACUUACGAGAAUGCGUUCGCCGGAGAAAGAGAGACAGUGCAAAGACCUCCUCGCUCGAAAUUUUCAAACGCGACGCGAGAGAGGCGAGCAUUUCUCUCCCGUGUAACAAUCCCCACGGCGGCUCGUAUAUUAUAAUACACGUUAUACUACGCGCAACACACAGUGAGAAUGACAAUUAGCUAGGAUUUCGAGUCUUUUUUAUAUAAAUACAGUGAGUGAGCGAGAGAGAACGAGAGAGAAAGAGGGCUGGAUUAGAGCGAGACAGAAGCUGCGCAGGUGGCUGCAGAGGAUAUAAAAGGUUAGUGGAACAAAGAGGGAUGAGAGAGAGAGAGAGAGAGAGAGAGAGAGAGAGAGAGAGAGAGAGAGAGAGAGAAGAGCGACGCGCACAUACAGACACGCUGCGGACGAAAAAAGCAAGGAACAACGCGAAGCAAAGAAUUUUUCUAUUGUUCUUUUACACGUAGAUGACAUUGUUCCGGGCUGCGCUCGCGUGUUGACACAAUCAUUUAUAGCGGAGCGACAAUAGAAGCAAUUUUCAAAGCCCAAAGCGGUGCCAAACGUCACACACUCACACAUACACAUAUUAUCGGGGUGCACGCGGUUUUGCGCUUCUUGCCGAAAGGGGGAGAGAGAGAGAGAGAGAGAGAGAGAGAGAGAGAGAGAGAGAGAGAGAGAGAGAAAGAGAGAGAGAGAAAGGGACGCGCUAAAAUUUUAAUGAAAGCGAGCAGCCAUGCCGAGCCUCAACCCUCUAUAUCUCUCUCUCUCUCUCUCUCUCUCUCUCUCUCUCUCUCUCUCUUGCUGGGCGUCCGUCUGUUUCAGCGCGAUCUUUAUGGGCUGUUUGUUUUGAUUUUUGAAAUGGAUGCGGUAGUUUUUCGAAUCGCACAAGAGACAGUCGGACGCGCGUUUGCGCGGAAUCGCGCGCUCGAAGGGAUUUUGAGAAACAUUUUUUUGUCUCUUUUCGUAAAAGCUUUUCUUUUCAUUCUUUCAGUCCCGAACCAUUCGCACGCAGUUUUACGCUCGGAGGAGAUGUUUUUAUAACGCACAUAGGAUAAAGAAAUCGGCAUACAACGAAUCGACUCCGAGUCCCUUCGAGCGCACGAUCGGCAAGAGGCGCGACGACCGAUCGCGCUAUGUGCAACAAAUCGAAUCAAUCAUCCGAAAAGACUAGCCCGAAUCGUCCGAUAAUCAAGCUAUCAUGCAAACCAAAAGGAAGUAUAUAAGAAUUUAGAUGCAGAACAAGUAAAUAAAUAUAAAAGAUACAAAUAUUCAGUGGCCAAAUGAACGUGAAUUCGAGCGUGCGCGCCAGUUUAUAAAGAAAAAAAAAUGAAAAUAAGCGGCGAGGCUAGUCCUUGCUCGCGAACCCGUGGGAUCAUCAAUAAUUCCGCGGCAGUCUCGGGUGCUUUGUGCUUGCGUAUAUAAGUAUAUGUAUACCAUACGCGUGAUAGACAAAACAAAAAAGGGAGAGACGUACAGUGCGAACGUGGACUAUGUGCGUGAAUGUGUGCGAGCUAUGUUUUUUUCUUCUUAAUCUUUAUUUUAGUCGACCCAUCGAACAAACAGAGGUAUACAUGUAGUGCAUAGUAGAGGGUGAGAUUAAACACGAAGACAUUCCGCUGUAACUCGCGUCAUUCUUACGUAUCGUGUAGUAGUCGUGCGCGGAAGGUUAUAUAACUUAAAAACACUGAGCAAACUGAAAUGAUGGAAACAGGGCAACGCCAACGUGCGUCGGUUCUCGUACCUUCGAGGCCUAAAACCAGACGAAACAGAAUUAACAAAAAAGUAAUAUAUAUAUAUAUAUAUAUAUAUAUAUAUAUAUAUAUAUAUAUAUAUAUAUAUAUAAAUAAAUAUAGAUAAUAUAUCGAGAGGGAGAGAGAGAAAGCGAGAGAUAGAGAGAAGGCGUGAUCGUAAGAUGUAUAAAAGAAAAACAGAACCACAGGAAUAGUAAAAAAAGUAAUGGUGAAUGAAGAAAGGCGUGCGCGAUCAUCCCCGAUUACGCGAUCGGGCGACGAUCGCUCAUCCACACAAUCUUCCAACCAAAACGAGUCAGUCUACUCACAUAGUCACAUAGUCACUAUUAACGCCAUCGACAAAGAAAUAAAAAUAGAGCGAGAAAAAAAUUAUUACGAUGAUAAAUGCAAACAAAUACAUACGAAGAAUAAAAAAUAAAUACAAACAAACACCGAUUUCAUAGUAGGCUAGUGUUUUUAGGAAUUUUAUACAGGCAUGCAAAGAUAAAUAUUAAAUAUAUGAAAACAAAUAAAGCAAAGUAAAACACGUUUAAAAGUAUAAAUAAGACAGAAAAAUAAAUGGCAGAUCCAAACGUAUCUAUAUAUGUUCUUAGCCUGCGUACAUAUAGAGCCAAAAUCCACUUUAAAACAAAAGAAAUAAGGAAAGAAUAAAAGAGAGAAAGAACCGAUCGUUCGUUUCUCGUUCGAAGGAUCAUCGCGACACGACGAUUUUUCGAUGACGACUACGCGACGACGAUAUGAUGAAUGAUUAAUUAUUAUUAUUACCGAAAGAGGUGGUACGCGAAGCGGGUGCGGAGAUAUAAAUAAAUAAAUUAAAUUAAAUGAAUAAAAAAAAUGAUUAAAUAAAGUAAAGUUAUCGAUUAAAAAUAAAAUAAAAUAAAAUAAAGCAAGUAAAUAGGGCCGCGCGUGCAACGGCUGCAGUCUUUCGUUUCUUCGUAUUCGGGGAAAGUGCAACUAUCUAUUGUGCAGUUUUAUAGGAAAAUCGAUCGGUAGCUGUCUUCGAAGUUCAAAACGGAGAAAUAUGGAUAGAAAGAAGGGGAAAAACUAUGAUUGAGAAUAAUCCGACCGAGGAUUUCGGAUAUAUCUGGGAGUCCGCGUGUCUCGAGGAUAAUCGAUAAAACAAAAGACUUUUUCACCGAGAAAGAGCCUAAGACGAUUUCAGAAAAAAAAUUAUUACCGAAAUUACUUUAAGAUUCUUUAUAGUAGUUCAUUCGCGAUGUCCCAGGCAAUCCAGAGGGUCGUAAUAAAAAAAAAUAAUGAAAUUAAAUAAAUGCAGAGUAAAUGAGAGAUAAUAGGAGAAAAGCUGCGAGAGAAAGAAACGUUAUAGAUGCGCGCGGUGGACGACGUGUAUAGUCUUUCGCGCACACGUGCGUGUAUAUGCCGCGACUAAAAGAAAAUUCCGUACCUCGUUGUGUAUACAUCAUCUAUUUGUAUAAUUGUGAAUAAACGGUAUAAAGGCGUAUGAUAAUGUGAUUUGUUAUACGUAUGUUUUAAAAUGAGAUAUGAAGAAAGAAAGAAAAGAAAUAAUAUAAAGACACAUUACAUUACAAUAUACACAGAGUGAAGCAAAACAAAGCAGAAAACAAAUAACGGCGUCGGAGACUUCGCGCGAACCGAGUAUGUAAUUUUGUACUAACAGAAUAGAAACAAAACAGAAAUAUGAUAAAGAAAAAAAAAAUAACAAAAAGUAAAUGAUUAUUGAUAACCAUGUGUGCAAAAGGGAGAGGAAAGGGCUUUAUUAUAUUAAAUGACGCAGCGACACCUUUUCAAAAGGGGAAGAAGUGAGCCUCGUGCAACGAAAAAUAAUUUAGAAAAAAGACACUAAUUUAAAGCUACACAAAGAAAUACAAAAAAAAUCAAACGCGUAAUAUAGAGGGGAUUCUAUCUAACUAACAAAGAGUGAAAAUCAAGAGACGCUGAUGGUAAGAUUAUGUUCGCGAGCUUCGCUGCACCGCAACCAUCAUCACACUUUAAUCUUCUAUCCCUAUGUAUAUUCAAGUCGUUAUAUCUUCUCCCACAUCGUUUCGUCCAUCUAUAACCGUGUUACCUCCUCGUCCUCUGGUUCGUCGAUCGUGCAUUCAAAGAUUAAACUUCAAAGAUUCUCUCUUGUGCCAAAACGUAGCUUUCAUUACAAAAGAGUAGCGUUUGAUACAUUUACAAAUUGAUACAAUAAAAAAGAAACGACUGCAUCGCCUUUGCGUUCUCGACACUUGCACUUUAAUUUGAGGAUAACUUCUCUGAGUGCGUCCAUCGACGAGUCAUUCCAGGCGGUAACGAUCCUCCUCUCUUUAACCACACACACACACACGCACACUCAGCCACUCCUUUCGCUUGUAUACACUAUUUUAUACGUCGCUCCUUUUUCUCGCAUCGUCGGAGCCGCGUGUGUGUGUAUCGAUCAUCUCGAGCGGGAAGUUCUUCCUUGGAGAAAGAAGAAAGGAGCCGGACACACAUCUCGCCGUUUCCGAUGUAAUAACCGAACGCCAUCCCUUCUUUUUACUGUAAAUUACCCCUUAAUUCCCUUUACGCGUUUCGUGAUGCCGCUAGGCGCUCGCGCGUCCGGGGAUCAAAAAGCCAAGCUUCUUUUAUAUCGCGCGCAACUUUUUACGACUUCGGGCUCUCGCGGGGGCCGAUUUUUUUUUUUAUAUCUUUCGAACUAUUUAUUUCGUUACUUUGCUUUUUUCCUCUACUUUUAGUCGCGGGAAAGACCUCGACAGAUGUUUUAUUUUUUUAUCGGUAUUUUUUUCCAUCCUGCGUAUUAUUACUGUUUCAUUUUUUAUCGCAACGGGUUUAAUCUCUCUUCUUUCGAUCCUCGUAACAACUCUUUUUUCGAUCCUCGUAACAAUUAUUACUUUCGUAUCGUAAUGCACGUCAUCGAGCACAGUUACGAUAACGCGCUGAUCAUGUUUAUAAAGCGGCCGUGGAAUUCAGUAUUAUAAAAAUGGUUGUUUAGGAGUCUCGCCGUCGGAUUCAAGCACAAAAAGUAGAGAAACGAAACAAGGAAUUGAGGUGUACCAGUUUCACGUAUGAUGAUUGUCUAUUCAGAGAGCACAGGUGAAUAAGGAGUUUCGAGUGCAUAUGUAUACGCGCAAGGCCUAUUCACUGGCACUAAAGCGAAACAACAAAAUAACACUACGAACAAACAUUUUUAGCGGAAAACAGACAAAAUACGCGCAAAACCGAGUUUGCUACUAGCUUGAACGCAAAACUUAUGAAAAAAAAAAUUAUGAACAAUCGAGCGAGAUGGACUAAAAAACACAACAGAAAAGUGAUAGCUUGCGCAUUUCUUCUCACGUAAGGUCCCGCGAUAAAAAGCGUAGCAGCAGAUUUAUUCAUUAAAUAUUGUAUACACUACUCUUUCUCGAUCCCUGUCUCCGAUGCAUGAGCCGAUUUUUUUCUCCUUUUUCUAUACGUCCACUGAUUCUUUUUAGCGAUUUAUCCCGACAAAUCCGAUGUAUUUUAUCGAUAACGCUUGGCGAAAGCACACCGCAGGUGAGCAUAUGAUGAUGGAUCACAGUAAAGUUCAAGCGCGCAGACGACGCGAUCUUUUAAAGUCACCUACCAAAGAUUCGUACAACAUUGUUUAUUCCAUAGCGAUGUUUUCCGAGUUUAAAAGAAAAGAUGAAAAUUCAUUUUAUAUACUAUAUUUUAUGUUGUUUUCUUUUUUAAAUCUUAUACGCAUACGUUUUCUUUUUUUUAUGUUACUUCUAUUCAAUAGGAUGUAUAUGAUUGUAUUAUUGUAUAUUAUUAUUAAUUAAAGAGUAAAACUCGCGCGACGCGUGCAUGUAAUCGUUGUUUUUAAAUAGUAGCGCUAUUCUCUUUUGUUUCUCUGCAACUUCCCGUGAUCUUCGUCGUGUGGGGGAGGAGAGCAAACGAAAAAGAAGGCAAACACACACAGAGCGGAAACCAAUAAUAGUUGAAAGAGAGGAAACUAUAUCGAGGUGAUGAUCCUUUCUCCGAGUUUUUUGCAUAAGAAAACCAGAGUAGAAAAAAAGUGUUCUCGCAGUAGGAGACUGUCUCCACGAUUCUUAUUAAGCAUUUGUAAUGUGUGCAACUGAAGAGCGCAAGUGCGAGUGACAUAGAAGUAUAUGUGAAACUUUAGUGCGUGUUGUGUGUAAUAAGCAAAGAGCGCGCAAAGAUAGAUGGGAAGAGAGAGAAAGAGAUGAAUAGAAAAAAAAAUAAAAUCAAAUUUUUGAAUGUCUAUAGGAAAAUAGAAAAAAAAAUUUUAAGAGAUAUAGAAAAAGGAAGUGAGUGUGAUUAUUGAAGCAAGGGAUACAAGUUGAAUAUAUUCAGAUUAUAUGAUUUUUACAUAAAUUAUUGACUAGGGCUAACGCUUAUUAUUGUCAUUGUCAUUAUUAAUUAUUAAUUAAUUAUAUUAUACGAUUAUUAUUGUAAUUCUCAUUAUUAUUAACUCGUUAUCAAUUCUGUAUUACCACUCUAAGCUGUUUAAUUGUACAAAUAAAUUAAUUAGAUGAUAAAUUAAUUGUAAGUAAGCUUAGCUAAGUAAAGAAAACCUCUUGUCGCUUGUAAGAUCAAUGAUUAAUUAUUAUACGACUUUAAUAAAAAAGAAAAUGAAAUAAAAAAUUACGAAAAAAUUCAUUAAGCUGUUAUUAGCGCGAGGAAUUAAAAGAGGCGAGAUAGACGAAGAGAUAGAGCGAGGGAGGAGAAAGAAAGAGAGAGAGAGAGAGAGAGAGAGAGAGAAGAUGAGAGAAAAAUUAUUAUUGUCAACCGACGCCAAAUACGUUCUUCCGCAUUUCUUCGGUGAUUAUUCGUUUUUAAGAGUGCACGAUAAAGGAAUUUCUUUAUAGCGAGGAGAAUAUAUGCGAAUGAAAGCGAACGAACAAAAAUAGGGGAAAGCGAAAAUAUUGCGAGGAACUGAGGCGAGUAGAAGAAUAAAAAUGAGAGUAAAAGAAGAUAAAAAAAGUGGGUCGGUGCAAAUUGUACAUAGCGAUGAUGUUGAUAUAUAUAUGAUGAUUAUUUCGUAAGAGAAUUAAAAGAAAAAUAAGAGAGAGAGAGAGAGAGAGAGAGAGAGAGAGAGAGAGAGAGAGAGAAGGAAGGUUAUAUCUAUUAUUGUAAGCUCGCUUUUGAAGCUUCGAUGUCGUUUUACUUUAUUAUUUAUAAUUGAAAAAUAAGACAAAGUCGUUUUUAAAGUACAGGAUUAUUUUUUUAUGAAAGAAAAAUGAAGAUUUUAAGUUCACGAACACACACUCCGCUGUUUCUUCGUGUAUUGCGUAUUAUAUAUGAUAUAAAUACCUUUGUAAGGAAAAAAAUGAAGUCUUAUCUGUAUGAUUAUUACAUAUUAUAUAUUGUUUCUCUGUAAAUAUUAGCGAUACGUGACGCGCUUUCUGAAUGACAUGCUGGAAGAAAACGAAACAAAGAGAUUGCAAAAAUCUCCAUGCAGUUUUGUUCGCCGCUUCGAGAAGCUUUUCAUGAAUAUUAAAAGACGAAAAAAAAAUAAUAAUAUUCUCAUCGCAGCGACACGAUCACGUUCGCGUAUAUACUUUUGUUUCUUUCUUUUUUCUUUCUCAUACAGACACGGUUUUUUGGAUAGAGCGAGAUAAGCGAGAGAUUGCUCGAAUUCGCGGCGAUUGAAUCGUAAUUACGUAUAGCACGCGGAAUGAUAGACAUUGUUGAGAAGUUGCAUUAGUUAGAGAAUUAAAGAAAAAAAAUGUAAUGAUAAAAAAGUACAGAAAAAAAGCUUUGAAAAAUUCCUUCGCGAGUCGUCUUACCUACCUUCGAGAACCCUAAGUGUAAGACCGCGAAAAAGCGUUACGAAAGGAAAGAAAAAGGUUAGAAAGAAAAAAUAUUAAUGUAAAUGAGCGGGGAGGGCGAACAGAGUAUAAGAUUAUAGUGUAUGUGUGUGUAUACGCGUGCGAGAGAAAGAUGUGUGAGAACAAUUCCGGGGUGUCCGUUUUUACGGUAUUACUUUUUUCCGAAUAUUCCAUUAGAAAAGAGAAAAACGUAAAAAAAACAUUACAAAAUAACAACUGAAAUAUACGAAAACAACGAACGAACGAAGCUUUUUCUUCCUCUUGGAUGCUUGUGCAUAUAUGAGCGUGAACGAAUUGUCGAGGGUGACGAAAAGUAUGCGACAUUUGACAAGAAAAUGUUUUAAAAAAAUACGAAAAAAUGUGUGUAGGCGUACAGCGCGCGUGUUUCUUUCCUGUCCGAAGAAGCUUCGAGUGCUAAAAGUGCAAGGUGUACACAAAUACAAGAUUUUUUAGAUAUCGACUGUAAUAACGUUAAUAAAACUUGCAAUUUCUUUCCAUUUCGACUACUGCAAAAAAAUAUGUAUUAAAUAAAAAAUUACUAAUAAUCAUAAUGUUCGUUACCCCAGACAGAGCGAUGUCCCUUUCUCCAUCUGUUGUUUUCGUAUGUGACGACACACACACGCAUGUAUAUGAGUUUCUCUAACUUGUUGUUUUUCAUAUUAUAAGCGCGGCAGCGCCGUAUCCUCGAGCGAGCGUCGUAAUUUUUCGCAUUCUCGUCUGUGUGUACAGUGCGAGUGGGAGAGAGGGCGAGCUUUCACCCAUUUAUGCAUUUAAGCGAGAGAGAGAGAGAGAGAGAGAGAGAGAGAGAGAGAGAGAGAGAGAGAGAGAGAGAGAGACAGAGAGAAUGUACGAAGGAUAAAUA